CAGUUUCUAAUUUGUUUCUCCUGCACUCCAUCAGCCUGCAGGCUCCUGUUCUUCUCGCUGAUCACGCUUACCAGGAAAAUGUCUAAGCCUCAGAGUUCUCUUCCAUGCCUGCUUCUGAUCUUCUUCUCCGCAGCGCUCCUUCAUUCCUCUCAGGCUGAUGUUGGCACUGCUGCUCAGUACAGGCCCCCUUAUUUACCUACCGCCUGUGGAGGAAGUGACCAGGGACAGUUUCCUCCGGGCAACCUGUUCGUGUCCGUUGGCGAGGGGAUUUGGGACAAUGGUGCAGCUUGUGGAAGGCAAUAUCAGGUGAGGUGCAUAAGCGCUCCCGUGCGAGAAACCUGCGUUCCAGGGAACACGAUUCAGGUAAAGAUUGUGGAUCGUGCACUCUCUUCGGUGUCCCGACCUUCAAGAAGUGAUGCUACCAUAGUUCUCUCUACUACUGCAUUUGCUGCAAUCGCCAACUCUUCCGCUACAUUCGUUAACAUAGAAUUUCAACAGAUAUGAACUAUGAAAGGGAAAUUUUAUGGUACUCUUUAAGAAAAGGGUAAUGAUGCUCUUUGUUGUAAUAAAAUUAUUAAUGGACGUUAUGAAAUUGUGUAUCAUCAUUAUUUAUUUUGGAUUCUUUACCUUUACUUUUAA